CGCAUGGGCCCUCCCCGCCGGGUGGCCAUGUUGCAGCGCUAGCAGGCAGCGCAGAGGCGGCGGGCGGCGGCGCAGCGCAGAGCACCGCAGCGCGAUGGCCGUGGCCGUGGGCAGACCGGCGAACGAUGAUCUCAGGAACCUGUCGCUGUCCGGCCACGUGGGCUUCGACAGCCUCCCAGACCAGCUGGUCAACAAGUCAACGUCCCAGGGCUUCUGCUUCAACAUCCUGUGCGUGGGUGAGACUGGCAUCGGCAAGUCGACGCUGAUGGACACGCUGUUCAACACCAAGUUCGAGAGCGAGCCCGCCACGCACAACGAGCCCGGCGUCAGGUUGAAAGCGCGCAGCUACGAGCUGCAGGAGAGCAACGUGCGCCUCAAGCUCACCAUCGUGGACACCGUGGGCUUUGGGGACCAGAUCAACAAGGACGACAGCUACAAGCCUAUAGUGGAGUACAUCGAUGCACAGUUUGAAGCCUACCUGCAGGAAGAGCUGAAGAUCAAGAGAUCCCUGUUCAACUACCACGACACGCGGAUCCACGCCUGCCUCUAUUUCAUUGCUCCCACCGGACACUCGCUCAAGUCCCUGGACUUGGUCACCAUGAAGAAGCUGGACAGUAAGGUGAACAUCAUCCCCAUCAUUGCCAAGGCUGACACCAUUGCCAAGAACGAGUUGCACAAGUUCAAGAGCAAAAUCAUGAGCGAGCUGGUCAGCAACGGCGUCCAGAUCUACCAGUUCCCCACGGACGAGGAGACGGUGGCCGAGAUCAAUGCCACCAUGAGUGUCCACCUUCCUUUUGCCGUGGUUGGCAGCACUGAAGAAGUGAAGAUUGGCAACAAGAUGGCAAAAGCCAGGCAGUACCCCUGGGGUGUGGUGCAGGUGGAAAACGAGAACCACUGUGACUUUGUGAAGCUGCGGGAGAUGCUGAUCCGGGUGAACAUGGAGGACCUGCGGGAGCAGACGCACACCCGGCACUACGAGCUGUACCGGCGCUGCAAGCUGGAGGAGAUGGGCUUCAAGGACACAGACCCCGACAGCAAACCCUUCAGUCUCCAAGAGACUUAUGAAGCGAAGAGGAACGAAUUCCUGGGCGAGCUGCAGAAGAAGGAGGAUGAGAUGAGGCAGAUGUUUGUGAUGCGAGUGAAGGAGAAGGAAGCAGAGCUGAAGGAAGCAGAGAAGGAUCUCCACGAAAAGUUUGACCACCUAAAGAGGACUCACCAAGAAGAGAAGAAAAAGGUGGAAGACAAAAAGAAGGAACUUGAGGAAGAGCUGAGUAACUUCCAAAAGAAGAAGGCAGCAGCUCAGCUAUUACAGUCACAGGCUCAGCAGGCAGGUUCUCAACAAACCAAGAAAGACAAGGACAAGAAAAACUUCUUCUUUAUGUAACGGUCACCUUGCCAAAGCCCCCCCACCCCCUCUCCCAGUGGGCCGUAGGGCCCUGGAAGAGCUGCGGAUCCGGCAGCCCUGGCAGGAGAAGAGCCAUCCCAUUGCUGCGUGGCGUGUGCCCUCCUCUCCUUCCCCUCUGUCCCCCCCGUGCCUUGGGGCUGUGCUGUGCUGUGUGUCUGUGCGGGAUCCUCUGACACUCCAGGCUUCCAGCACUGCCAGAGGAACGGCUGCCGCAGGGCUCGGCGCCUCCCACACCUUGCUCCGCCUUACUGGGACUUAUUGCCUCCCUCCUUGUUUUCUUUGGCCAUGACACUGCUGGUGACACAUGAACAACAGACCGGGGGUGAGUGUGCAUAGCUGGAGGAUUUAAUUUCUAAUUUCUGCCUCGAGCCUGGCUGCUUUGGACACCACAGCUCCAUCUCCAGGGCGUCCUGUGCUCCUCUGGCAUGGCUGGAAAUCCCUCCAUUACCUGGUGACGUUCUCUGUGUCGCUGUGUGAAGGUGGAUGGCGCAUCCUGUGGCACUGCUGGAGCCUGUCCUGGACAGUCAAGGCCUUAUUUUGUGGCUGUGCCUCGCUAUGGGCAGAGCAGGAUUCUGGUUUUGUACAGCUGAGCUCGUUCUUAGAUUGAAGGCUUCAUUUUGUUCUUGUGAAGCCUGAUUAAUGGUUAUUUUUUUAACGGUCCUGAAUGUGGGCAAAUUGUUAAAAUUUCUACCUUGUUUACUUUGGAAGUGAACUCAAUUGAAAAGCUUGAGAAGUGCCAAAGGAUCGCUUGAAGGUAAAAACAAAACUUGUACGUGUAUGUAGUGACCUCCAGCUGGUUUGGGAUAGAUGGAAGGAGGCAGCCUGAGCCUCUUGGGAUGUUGUUUUGUGUAGAGUGAUGCACUUUUCUUUUUAACCGAAUACUAGUGAUUUAUUCUUUGCAUCUGUGAACAUCAGUCCUUCAGCCUGCUGAGGUAAAGCUACCCUGAGUUGGUCUGAGUUUGGCCCCUGGCAAUGCCAGCUGCUGAGGGGCUCUGCUGAAAUCUGCUGGGGGUUUUUCAGAAGCACAUCAUUUUGCAGCACUCCUCAGUGAUAAGGUCAGCUCCUUCCAGCCAGGUGGAAGGAAAACUGCCUUGUCCUGGAAACUUUUGCAACCAAAGAAGUGACUUUAUGGAUACACUCAGAAAGGUCAUGAGUGUUGGCUGUACCCAUUUGCCUGGUAUGUAGCUGGACUUGCUGCUACCCAGCCUGGAGGGCAGUGAGUAUUUGCACAAGUGUAGCUUGGGACAGCAUUUGCAGUGAUACCAAAACCAGAGCCUGUCCUGCUCUUGAGGCUGCAGGGGCCUUUGCUGGUACCCAGUGCCUCCCACCAGAGGGCCAGGUCUGAAAUUCUGCCUUCUUCAGGUCUGUUCAGUUCAGCCUUCCGAGCACAAAGCGGGGUCGAGGCCAUUGCUGGAUUAAACCUUGGCUGUGUCUGUCCCUCUCUUGCUCUGCAGAACUCUGUGGAUGUUUUUCUUAACUGGGAACCACCACUUGCAGGAUGGGAUCCCUGCAUGCCCCAGGUCACCCAUCCCUGACAAAAAGCCAGGUUUGAGCUGCAUAUUUUCAGAAAAAAAUAGUAACCAUGAAAAUGCCUGCAAACAGGGAUUAACCACGCAGCCAAGGGCCCUCCUGUGCCUCAUGCAGGCCAGUGUCCCCCUGGGCCAGGGCUCUGUACACAAGGGUGCUCACUGCUGGCUGGGAACAUGCCUUGCCCAUCAAAUGCCCCGUUUGUUCUGCCUGUUCUUCCAGUGGUGGCACCUGUGCCAGUCUGCAGUGCCAGUGACCACUGCUGGAAGGGCCUUGCUGUGGGCUCUGCAGCCAUGGUAGCCUGCAGCUUGCCCAGGCACUUGCCCAGCAGCCACCCCAGCUGCUGGAUGGCUCCUGCAGGCUUCUGUUUGAGAGAGAGGGAGUCCUCUCCUUAUGCUUCCCUCAGUCCUUGCACCUUUUUGUUUUGUUACUUCAAACUCCAAAUGGAAUUACUUUAAAAGCUUAGUAUCAAGAGAAGCAGAUGGGCACAGCCCGAAUGCCUGUACUCACACAGCCUGCCUUUAUUUUGCAGCUCUGUAGAGUUUUCCUGUGCUGGUGCCUUGAGUCCUGCUUGCAGCUCUGGACCUCGUGUCUGCAGAAGGACAAGGUGGAGUUAGAGAAGGGCACUAAUGGUAAAUGGGCUGGAGCAGCAGCGUGCCAGGUGAGGGACAGGCAGAGGAGAGGGAGGAUCCAGCCCUGCUGCGAGCCGGAGGUGGUGGCAGCUCGUGUCCUCUAGAGGUCCCCUGCAGCCCGAAUUUAUUUGUGACUCUCAGAAAGCUCGAUGGAGCUGCGUGCCGGUCUCCAAAUCCUCUCAGCUCGAAGGAAAUGGGCUCAAAACACGGAGUAGCUUUCCUACAGGGCAGGUGCUGAACUUGGGGGUUUGUUGCCCCAGUUUGUUGAAGUGGACGGUGUGAGCAGAGGGUUUUGGGGUUGGUUUGGGUUUUUUUUUAAAGGUAGAUUCAAGGGCUUUCCCACACCCAGGGCUGGAAGGAGGGAUGGCAGGGUGACCUUCAGCUGCGUCCUGCACGGCUGCAGCUCGUGGGGAAGAGGUGUCAGCCUGGGGAGGGGCGGCUCAGGGAGCUUAUUUAUCACCCAGUGUCCCCCAGCAGAGCUGGGAAAGCCGCUUCAUCCACUGCGUGUGGAGAAGUUGUGCUUUGGGGUUAACCCGUGUGUGGCUGCUGCAGGGGAUCCCUGCUCUCAUGCUGGAGAGCAAAUCCGUGUGGGCUCAGGGAAGUCGCGUGCUGCAGGGAGCAGCACAGUGAGGGUGAGCUGGGAUUGCAGCUGAAGGCUUGGGAACAGGCGGCAGUGUUCCCCUGGGAUGUGGCUGCUUGCCCUGGGGAGCUCCCUGGCUUGGGGCACUGAGCCAGUGCUGGGGUUUGUGAGUGCAGUGGUUUUGUGCCAGUGCUCCUGAGGGAGAUGCUGGGCUCCUGGGCCCCCUGGAGCACAGACCCCUUGCUGGCAUCUUGGGCAGCUCCGUGGCGUGAAGCACGGGGCUGCUGUGCAGUUUGUGGGAAGGUCACUCAAUGUGAGGAGUCAAGGGCAUCCGGGAAUGUUUUCCUGUGGGAAAUAGGGGCCCUGGCAGAGCUCCAGUAGGGCCGUGUGUUCCAGCAGUGGAGUCAGCCUGCUGCUGAAGGUGGUGGGGGCCAGGAGGGAGUUGCGGUUUGUGCACAGCACCAAGGAAAUAAAACGUGUCUGUCUCUCUGCAGCCCCCCGGGGCUGGGCAUGCCUGUGUUUGGCCCUGGGGGCAGGAAAGCUGCCUUGGAGCCAGGGAGACUCAGUCCUGCCUCCACAGGUGUUGGCUUCCCAGGGCUCACCAGGUCACCAGGUCAGCACUGUGGCCUGGCCGGCUCCAGGCAGCACAAGGAGGCCAGGAAGGGCUCUGGGCAGUUUUGGGAGAGCCACGGUGAUGCUGCUAAUUGGGUAAUUUUGCUGUUAAUUGUGAUUUUGGAAGUCAGAUCUCUCUCCCCAAGGCUGGCACGAGCCAGGGCUGUGCCCAGUGUGGGGCAGUGCACGACCUGCUCCUGUCCUGUGGCUUUGGGGUGCAGGAGUCAGUGACAAGGACAGUCACCUCCCCAGAGCCAUGCAGAUGCUGCAGCACACCUGGACAGCAAACUGCCCCAGCAGCACCCAGAUGUCUCCUGAGGCCCGCUUCCCUCCUUGCUGUUCCAGCCAGGCCCUGCCAGCUAGCACAGGCUUCUGUUCUGUCCUUGUGCCAACUGCUCUCCCUGUGUGCCUCUGAGUGCCUGUGUGCUGGUGCUGUGAGCAGGGAAAUGGGAAUAUGCCCUUAAACCUGGGGGAGAGAGCGUGGGGAGGGCGAGAAGCCAGUGUAAUUUAACUGGAAAAGACUUUUAACACACCAUGGGCUGGAAGCAGUGAGCCCCACAACUGGGGAUAUCCUACAGUGACAGGGUGCUGUGCUUGGGGGUGUACUAGGGACACCUGGAGCCUGCUCAGCAGCCUGGCUUUGGAAUACUGAGCCAUGGGAGGUCAGGGACUGAAAAUACUGUAAGGAUGGCAGGAAGGGCUGGAAGGGAAGGAAGACACACACCCUGCUGAGAAAUGUGGUCUUGAGGGGGAUUUUUUGAGCCGUGGCAGGAAGAAGCCAGAACCCAAGGGAAGGCUGUCCUGGUGGACUGCUGCAGUAAGACGGCACCUUGGAAGGCAGGGAGCAGGAGGGGGACAGAACAGGGGACAUGGAGCAGUGUCCCAGCCAGGCUCUGGAGAGGCAAUGAGUUCAUGCUGGGUGACUCCCUGGCUGCCCAGCACCUCUCGUGUCCCCUUCCCAGGGGUCUGGCACAGAGCUGCUCCCUGGCAGCCUCCGGGCAAAGCCAAGCCAGGUUUUGGGUGAAAAGCACAAGAGCAGACUGGGAAUCCAGGACAACUUUCUUUAUUGCUACCAGAAGGCUUUCAUCAGUACAAUGGCUCUGGAUACGAUACCUUCCUCAGGGCUGUGGAGAGAGCUUACAGUCGGGACAGGGUGUUCUGAGAACAGGGAGAACACGGAGCAGACGCGUUCCAGGUCGGACUCGUGGUUAGAAGUUGGGAGAACACAAAACGCGAGGGAGGCUCGGGUGCUUCGUUUUGGUUCUGUGGCUGGUAAUGAGACGCGUUCCAGCCCCAGGCACCCUGCACCUCACCCGGCAGUGCUGGGAGACGUGCAGGGAGAGCCGGCUCUGCAAUUCAAGGGUUACGUCUGAUGGAGAACCAAGCCUUGGUGAGAGAGAAUCCACACUGAGUGCAGCACAGCAAGAAAAACACGGUUUCAGUUCUAGUGAUACAAAACCCAGCAACUGCUUUCUGUGUUGGGACAGGCAAACUGGUGUAACUGGGAGAAGUCUCUGUGCGAGGCACAGAGCACCUUCACACUCCUGUGGGAAUUGCUGAAGUGUGGAGCAGCUCACAAG